UUGUUAACUGUUCAAAAACACCAACUGGUUGUUCAGUUGACGAUUUGUUAGUUUAGACAAACCUUGUCAAACUAUAUUGUUGCGUGUAAUUAAAAAAAUGGAUAUAUUAAUGAAGUGUUUUUUUGAGAAUUUUGAAAACGCCGAACGCAAUUCCCUCCAUGCAAAAUACAGAAGACGAGCGAUGGUGGCAUACUUUAACACUUUAAUUGAAGGAUGCAGAUUAGGGCAAAAUUCUGAAGAACAAAAAACAGUCCGCGAAGCAAUAAUUUCCAUUCUUCGAUAUCAUGAACAAUCACGAUCAAAAAACUCUGGAGUAUGUAUGAUGGGUAAAUACCACAAUGUUCUCUACGUUGCCUUGAAAAUAUGCUACGACUGGCAAUUACAAGACACAGAAACAGUCGCUGCUCUUUUGGAUGAGAUCUACGCCUGUGAACGCACUUUUGAACGAUUAUUCGUCGGCGCAUUAUUUGGAACUAACGCUCCGCACUUUAUCGCCGGAUGGAAGUCAGAUUUUGAUAAUCAGGAAGAAAACCUGCGAGCUAUGGUGUUCUUUUUAGAUCACGCAACAAACGCUGCUUGCGAAUAUGACAAUCAAGUGAGAUUCAUCGAUGUAUCAAUUGAAAGUUGUGGAAAAAUGUCCCCAUUAAAAAUAGCAGUCCAACUUGGACUCCCGGACAAAGUCCACAUUCUAUUAAGAUUUGGAGCUUUGGUUGAUUUAAAUGACCAUCAACAUCAGGAUACUAUGAUAGAAGGCAUUUUGAAGAAAUUGAAUGAAUUUGAUCAUUCAUAUCCGUAUAAUUUAGUAAGUUGUCUACAAUUUUUACUUAGAGUUGUUCCAAGUAUAAAUUGCAACAACUUUAAUAAACAUAAACAAGAAUCAACACCCUUUGAGGGAGUAAUGCAACAGUUUCCUAACCUAGUUCAAGAUUGUAUUCUACCAAUGAAUAGAUGUGGACUACAACCGCCUGAAUUAAAACAUUUGGCAAGAUGUGCAGUGAGAAGUCAAUUAUGGUUAAAUUGUCAAUUACCAAACGGAAUAAGGACACUUCCUAUACCCGAAACUUUACAGAAGUAUAUAGAUAUAUUAGAAGAUUAAUUAGAGGUUAUACAUACUUAUAAGCUGAUUCUGAAACGUUGAUUCUUCCUGGUCCACCUGUGGUUUCAGUACGGCUUGUAAGAUUUACAGUGUUGCCAAACAGACAGUAACGUGGCAUGCGAUGACCAAUCACUCCAGUUACCACUUCCCCAGAAUGUAUACCAACUGUAAUUUUCUAGAAGAAAAAAUAUUUUAACCACAAA